AUGGCCCUGCGAGAGCUGGUUCUGGCCUUUCUCCUGGUCCUUAUCCCUCUGCUGCUUGCAUGGAGACAGAAAGACACUGGUCCCAGGAGAGACGGGGGAGCCAGAGGACCAGGAGGAUGUAAAGCUCCCUACAGCUGGAACCCCAGGCUGCAGUUUUUCCCGAACCAGAGCAGCUAUGCCUCGAAUGAUCUCGUGCAGCUGAGUUGUGCUGGGGAUUAUGUGCCAUCGGUCCCCUGGAUCAAAUGCAUUUCCAAUGGAACCCAUACCUUCUGGAAUGAGAUUGCCACCUGUGAGGCAACAUGUCAAAGGCCUGGCUGGUGGGACAUACGAAUCCAGAUGUCACCAGCCCGUGUCAAUUACAAAAAGGACGAAGAAGUAACACUGAGCUGCAACAAUGGUUUUCAGCCAUCCUUCACCCACAUAAAAUGUGUAAGAGGAGCUCAGACAUUUAAUUAUUCUGGAUCUUUAAGGAGACAAGUGUGGCAGGGGAGGAAAAGCAAUGAUGCCUGGAUCCCCAUUGAGGAGAGCAUAGUGUGCAUCGAAACAUGCCAAAGACCUCACUGGGGCCAUGGACUCCAGCUGACACCAGAUGAGAAGAAUUACAAGAAAAAUGAAGAAGUGAUGCUGAGCUGUCCCAUGGGUUUUCAGCCAACCUUCACCCAUGUCAAAUGUGAAGGAAAGGUCCUGUCCAUGGGCAAUGGGAAACAUGAAUUCACAGAACUCUGGAAUGGAAGGGACAGCAGAGGAGACUGGGUCCCCAUUCCAUCCACUGUGGAGUGCAUUGAUGUCCUUCAGGUUGUCCCUGGGACUUUGGAGAUUACCAGCACCAGCAUCAAACUGAACUGGACCUGCAGGCCCCCUGACACCUGCAAGCACAUUUGGGCCAAGUGCCGGCUUGAAGAGCCUUCUUUGUCUCCCUGUGAGGCUGAGGAGAUAAAAGGAGAAGAGAACCUAUAUGGCUUGAAAGGAACAUUUACCUGCCCCCCUCUGCAGCCCUUCACUUCCUACAGUGUCACCAUCUCCCUGCCCCCUAACACAAUCCUGUACACACGGCUCCUCAGGACAAAGGAAACAGUGCCAGACAAACCAGAGAGCUUGUGGCUGGAUCAAAGCACGGGGUCCAUCAGGUGGAAGGCACUGUCCUCCUGCAAAGGGGAGAUCAUCGGAUACCAGCUGAACAUCACGGCCAGGAGAGAGCAGGAUGGCAGCUUCCCUGAGUUCCAGCAGGUGACAGUGAAUGGGUCUGUCACUCAGUACACCCCCCCGGGUCAGACCCCUGGAAGCAGAUACACAGUGACAGUGCAGGGCCUCACGGCAGCUGGUGCCGGGCCUGCGUUAGACCUGGAAUUUCAAAGCUUCAUCACAGUUGCAGGGCAGCCCAAGAGCCCAUGGCCGGGGACAGCGGUGACGGUG